UCACAAACACGCCUCGCCUGUCUCGGUUAGCUCUCUUGUGUUUCAACUACGCCCUGCCGCAACUGGUCUCUCGCCUUCUAUUUCGGUUUCUCGAUGGCGACUCCGACGACUUGCGAUGUCUUGCCUUCUGCUGCCAUGAUUGCUAGCUCUGCGUCUUUCACGGAGUCCGAGUGUGUCUACCAGCGCGAGGAUAUCCUGCCAGGCAAACUCGUCACGACGCCACUCAGAACCGCUGGACCCUCUCUGGAGCAGAUCGUGGCUAGAGUCACGGCCAAGAAACGACAGACCUUACGAAACGUCGAGAACACGGCGUGUGGCCCGGAUGGUGCUCUGAACUAUACGCCAAAGGACUAUUUGCUGGCAAGCGGUCGCUCAGGGCUUGGUGGUGUGCGUGGUGCGUCGCAAAUCUUCAGUUAAGCAGCAGUCCGGGAAUUUUAAUCGCACAAGCGCCCAGGCCACCGACAGGCUUGCAGCCGGCUACAGAACGCGACCCCCA